UACUUCGGACGCUCGCGAAGCAAGAACGCGUAACGAGCGGCGUGUAACGUAUCACGUAAUUUAAAUAUACUGGAUAUGAAUUAAAAGAAGUGUAUUGAUAACUGUAAUUGAGUAAUUUGUUCAUUUAAGUGUUGGUGGAACAAAGGAUAUUUUGUGUUCUGUGUUGUGAAAAGACUUUUUACUUAAUAGUUUCUUCUUAGAAUGCCGUGGUGUGGAAUGAGUGCAGGGUGAGCGAGGCAGCGAUGAGCGCGCCGGAGCCUUUAGUGCUUCAAGCGCUGCAGGGCUUCAUCGACCAGAGUGACAAAUGGCCUGGUCCGCGUGCCGUCAAAAUAUUCGUUUCUUCGGUUUACAACGAAUUUCGUGAAGAAAGACGUCAAAUUCUUGAACUUGUCGGUCCAGAACUACAAGCCACAUACGAUGAUCGAUAUAUCGAGUUCGAGUUCGUGGACAUGCACUACGGGACAGAUGGUGGGGAUGAAAAUAAUCCAGGUCUUCUGCGAUACCAUCUGGAUGAAAUACGCUGCUGCUAUCAAACUUCAAGAGCUGGAUAUUUUCUUUGCUUUAUUGGUGGGGACACUUCAAGCUACAAUCCUGUUCUACCAUUCAAAAUCGAAGCUGAAACAUUUGAACGACUGAUCAAAUCUGAUUCUCCGCAAACCGCUCUUAUAAAGGCAUGCUAUAAACUCAAUGAAGAUGGACUAUAUCAUCUUGAAGGCGAUGAAAAAUGGUAUAGCGAUUUAUUAGAGCGAGAUGAACAACGCAAGCGAUUAGCAACAGUACAAAAAGUAUUCAAUACUUUAGCUCUAGAAGCUUUGGAGAAUGGAGGGAAUAUAUCGAAUUUACUACGAAGUCCUGCAGAGAUCCAAUGUGAAUUAGCAAUUGAACUUUUAUCACAAGGAAAACACCCAAAAGGUUUUAUUGCCGUAUUAAGGGACAUUCCGGACUUGGAGCCAGAUGACACAAAAUUAACAGUCUUAGUUCAUCAGAGGAUAAAAAAGUUGCAAAAGAAAUUAGAAGACAUUUUACCUGAAACACAUAUAAUUAGAUUAGACGCUAUAUCAGCAGAUUCAUCACGAACAGACGCAGCAUCAGAUUCAGAAGAGAAGUUAUCACCAUUCAGAGAUCGUAUACAAACCGUAGUAAGUUCGUUGGUAGACGACACCUUAAGUACAGAGCCCGAUCAAGGCAAGGGUAGAAAAAAGACUGUACAGGAAGUGUUUCUUGAGCACAUUACUCAUCUUAGAAUAUGUAUAGAACAUAAUAAACUGUAUGAAGUUAAUAAUAAGGAAAUCGAAAAUACAGCAACAACUAUUCUUAAUAAUGCUAAGGAAAACUAUGAUAGUCGAUCACGCCAUCCACCGGUACUGAUAUAUGGGCCCGACGCUUCCGGAAAAAGUACUUUGUUGACACAUCUUUACUUUAAAUUCGAGGAAAUCUUCCCCAAACCUGUUUUGAGAAUAAUAAGAUUUUCAGCUUCCACGCCAAGAUCGGCAUACAAUUUGGAGUUACUCAGAGUUAUGUGCCAACAAAUUUCCAUUAUUCUCAACAUCCCUGAGGGCUAUCUACCAAAAGAUGCCAGUUUUGAUCCCCUUUAUAUAAACAACUGGUUUCAAAGUUUACUACGAAGAUGCGAAGAAAUGGAGGACGAAGUUUUAUUGAUAUUUAUUGACAAUGUACAUAGAGUAAAUCCUUUAGAGUGUGAUAUUGUAACGGGGCUCUCCUGGCUGCCUAUGUCUUUGCCAAGAAAUGUUUUCUUAGUUUGUACAAGCGCUGUGUCUCUAGAUCAAUUGCAAUUGACACCAGCUCAAAAAGAAAAGUUUAAAGUUCAGAAUUGUUAUUAUUUGUUAGACGCUAUUGAAGAUAUUGCUGAGAACAAUAGUUCAGGCGACUUCAUUGACGGUGCCUUUGAUAAUUUAGAAGUCGUCUUCGGCUCUAAAGCCUUUAGUAAAUUGGCUGGUUAUAUUACUUGUUCUGAAUUUGGACUGACGGAACUUGAACUGUUGGAACUUUUGAUGCCAACAAGCAAUAGCGAAGCUGUUAUUACAUUGAAGGAAGCUAACUUCAACUUCUCUACGUUGUGUGUCAUCAAGCAUAUGAUGAAAUCUAUAAUUGAGGAAAACGUUGUGUCUGGUCGGAGCACAUGGCGCUGGCGUGCGGCGGCUGCAAGUUCUCGCGCCCGACGUCGCUAUGUACGAGUGCAGACUGCCUUACGAGACGCGCAUUCGGACCUCGCUGCACUGCAUUUUGCUAACUUCCUCAAUGACGCUGAUGACACAGACACAUCGGAAACCCAAGAACCUGGUUGCGUGGACGACGACGAUGCCCUUUUAGAUUCCACUCCAUUCCAUUCAGCCAGUAGAACAGCCGCUGCAUUUACUCAAAGACACGUGGAAGAGUCUUGGCUGCAUUUAUUGCUAGCUGGUGAUUUCACAAAACUUAAAGAUCUCACCGUUUGCAAUUUUGAUUUCUUGCUUGCUGCUGUACAAACUGUAACGAUAUCGUAUCUCCGUUGCAUCCUGGAGCACGUCCGCUGCUACAUCCUGGAUCGGGAUGUCGAGCUUGUGUACGGUGCGGUACGGAAGUCUAGUGACAUACUUACCCGUGACCCAAUGCAAUUAGGAGCCCAGAUAAUUGCAUGGUUACGUCCGGCGGUUGCCCGUCGUGGUGUACUCGCUACAUUGGUAACUGCGGCCAUGGCCUGGUGCGAUGGUUAUGACAAACCUCUACUGGUUCCACUUAAUGGAUGGCUUCAUCCGCCCAUAGCGUCAACUGUCCGAGUUGUUUCUGUCGGAGGUUCUACUCCAGGAGCUGGUAUAAGAUUAUUACAGCUCGCGCCAUCAGGACAGCACUUAGUGUUAGCACCUUCAGCUGGAGAUCCACAGCUUUGGCACGUGAUGUCGAAUUCUAAAGUGCACACUUUUAAAGGUCAUUCCGGACGCAUUUUAUGCAUGUGUGUAACGCGGGAAUCUCAAUAUCUUCUAACUGGCUCUGAAGACACGAGCGUCAUUGUCUGGGACUUACAUACUUUGGCUGUGAAAACAAAAAUACUGGAACACAUAGCGCCUGUGUUGUGUGUAGCGGCCAUAGUAAAUCGAUCUCUAGUUAUCAGCGGAGGUGAGGAUUCGGCAGUUAUCGUUACCUCACUAGUGGACGGAGCUCUGAUAACUAAGCUGGACCACCACCGCGGUCCGGUGACAGCUAUCAAAGUAAUCCAAGAUGGGGAGAUCCUGGUGACAUGUUCACAAGAUGGUACUGUCUGCACCUGGAAUGUUGAUAACUUCGUACUGCUUAGUACUGUGACGGCAGGUGUACCGAUACACGCUAUGGAAGUCACCGAGGACAAUGUUUUCCUCGUCACACUGCAAGGAGAAAAUGAAUUACAUAUUCGUACUUUCAUAACGGGGACUCAUUUGCAUGUACUAAAACGUCAUAAGACUAAGGUGAAAUGUUUCUGCGUGGGCCAUGAUUCUUCUCGAGCUGCAGUUGGUUGUGCUGAUCAAAGGAUAUACGUUUAUAGCUUACAUAGUGCUCAGCUGCUCCGCACAUUAGCAGCAGCACAUGACCUCUCAGCACUAGCGAUUGCUGAUAAGGACCACUUUUUAUUAGCUGCUGGUGGCAACAGAGUGACAAUAUAUUCAUUUCAUACUGAAGACAAUCUUACCAACUUUAGACCAACGAAACAAAUGAAACGACGUCAAACAAAAUCUACAACUAACAUCACCCUGCUACAGGCCGAACAAAGUGAACUGAUCCCAAUAAGCUGUCUAGAAGUGUCGAGGGAUGGCCAACUUGCGGCUAGUGGUUGCGCGAGAGGCUUAGUUAGAGUAUGGCAACUCUCUACCCACAGACUGCAAAAUACCCUAAGUGGCCAUAUGGGUCACAUAACCUGCGUUACAUUCAGCCCAAAUAAUUUAAUGGUAUUAAGUGGAUCCGAGGACAGAACUGUUGUAGUUUGGCAGUUGGCAGAUAACUCAGCAUCAUUGACGUAUAAGGGCCACCAAUCCGCUCUUCAAGUUCUGUUGAUGAUGUCCGACGGUAGACGCGCAAUGUCCGGAGACCGCGCCCGCACUGUACACGUUUGGCUCGUGGACUCAGGCAUCGUACUGCUCUCCGCGAACUGUCCAACAACCAGCAUUGAUGUUACCCUUAAUAUGAAGUUUGCGGUUUUAUCUGAUGGUGAUAAUUCAGUUCGAAUCUGGACCUUAGCCGAAGGAGACAGUGGCGAGGAAAAGCGUUCCGUGUCCCACGCAGAGCGUGUUACCUGCUUCGCUCUUACAGCGGAUUCACAGCACGUGGUGACUGGAUCUAUGGACAUGUCGCUCAAAGUUUGGCAACUUAAUGGUGGAAAGUUAUCGCAGGUUUUGGUAGGUCAUACCGACAUUGUGACUUGUGUUGCUGUCUCGAUCACAAACAAGACUCAAGUGGUAUCUGGUUCGUGGGAUUACAACUUAAUUGUAUGGGAUAUAAACACUGGUUCAGAUGUUCAUCUGUUAUCUGGUCAUUUGGGCAAAGUUACUUGUGUAAAAGUCACUGGCGACGGGACAAUCGCAGUUUCGGGUGCGGAAGACAAAACACUCAUAAUAUGGGAAACAAAACGGGGUCUUGCUCUGACGUCACUAGCAUUGCACGUACCCGCGCUAACCUUCCAGAUUACUAGCGACUGUUCGCGCAUCGUUGUCCAUCUUUCAGAUAGAGGUUGCCUGCCAAUAAUCUGCCUACACAAUACUCCAGCAACAUACGUUAAAAUACCAACUUAUGCCGCACCCACUAAAAACGUCGAUGAAUUGCGGCCGCUAGCACCAAAACGUCCUAUGAGGAGAUUGCUUAAGAAGGAAGUAUCACUGGAUACUUACACUUGGCAAAAGAAAUACGGACAUCUUACAUCAGCGGCAAUGAUGGCACAAGUUGACGAACGAUUAAAGAGAAGAUUUUCUGUGUCAGCGUCAAUGGAAGAGAUAUCUAAAAUCCAAGAAGCUAAGAACAAAGAUUUGGGUUCGCAGGUUAGUCUUGGUCCAGAACAGGCAGCAAUCGCUCAAUCACAGCACUUUGAUCAGCUGGAAGCUCUGUGGAAUAAAAUAUCACCCCCGAGGCGACGAUCCAAUAAGACACUUUCAAAGCAAAGUUCACUCGUUGAGAGACUUGAUUCCUCAGACGAGGAUCACACCCCAGUUGAAGAACAAGAACACAUGGUGGAGUAACAUAGUUUUAAGUAGCUGAAUUAUUUUUAUUAACGUUGUAUAUUUUUGUCAUUAAUUUUAUCUUGGUUUUAAUGAGCUGGCCUCAAUUGUUUCAUUUAAAUUUUAAUUGUAAUUAUAAAAAAAAAAACAAUUAUAGUACUAUUUAUAUUGUGUUUAUUAUUGUAUUGGUUUACGUGAUAUGUUUAAAUGUUAAAUAUUUCUUGGUUAAAUUUCUUAAUACUUGAAAUAUUAUUAUAAUUAUCUUAAAACAAAAAAUAAAAGUAAAUAUAAUUUGCAUGCAAUUUUAUUGGAUUCACAGUAAUGUUAUCUUCUUUUGAUUAGUUCAAGUUAAUAAGAACACUUACAUUUCACGUUGAGAUUAUUCCUUACUUUUGAAAUUUUAAAAUAAGUGUUCUUUAGGUUAGUAUUAGCGUACCUAAGUAAUUCUAGACUUCCAGCCUCUACGCAAUGUGAUCUUGUAGAACUAAUUUAGAUUAAUGAUUGACGUCAAAAAAUUUAACAAAAAAAAAACAAUUUCUAGAAAUAACUAUAAAUGGACAUCAUUAGGACUUUUCUGUUAUUAUUCUGUAUUCAUUUUAUCAUAUUCAGUUAUUAUAAUGCAAUUACGACAAAGUAAAAAUGGUACUUUAUUAUUAGUUUGUAUUCUUGGCCAUUUAUUUUAAAGUUUUAUUAAAAUUAACACAGUUCCGAACCAGUAGAAACAAAACUGUAGCACAUUAUAUUUCCGACUUUUACUUGAAUUUGUUCAUUUUGGUUCUAGGCAGUCGGAUCUCUAUUUUUAGUUUUCAAAUAAACAAAAUUUUAAAUUUCUUUUUAAUUUUACACAGUGUAAUAUUUUAAAUCCAAUCCAUCAAAUUUAUUUUUCAAUGUUAAUAAUGUUGCUAGAAAUAUUAAAUUUACAAAUGAAUUCAAUAUUCGAAUGUAAUCAUUAUUUAUAAUGCAUUUUAUCUUAUCAUAACGUUUCUUGUAAGUUAAGUAAUUCCCAAAUCGUUGUAUCGAAUUAGUUUUCCAAACUGUGAUCCCCUAUAAAGACUUCUAUGUAAGUACAUUAAAGUUACCCAUAAUUAGUGCAUUAGUAAACAACUAGUCUAACAUAAGUACCUUUUACAUUUGUAGUACGAUCUUUUAGAACAUCUCAAAUAUCUCACAUGUUAUACAAAGAAACAUAGAUUAUUUUAUCCUUCCUUUUAUUCACUGAAAGAGACGUGCUUGUGAAGCUUUUAAAGUAUUCAUAAGUUUAUUAGAACUAUGAAGUAACCAUAACAUUUUAAAGACAGGUUCAAUCAAACUUUAAAUUAAUUCCCGUUCAAUGGAAUACUUUUCACGGAAAUUUAUAAAAAAACUUUUUUUAAUAGUCUACAAGUAAUUUAUGAAUAGUGACGGUGUAACUUUUAAAUGAUUUUUAUUUAACCUAGUUGCAGUUGAUGUAGAAGUGAUUUCUAUUGGUAUUAGAUUUAAAUUAGAAAACGCAAUAAUAUUUAUAAGUAGAUGCACUUAUUUGUAGAUGUUUAUGCUUAUACAAUUAGAUUUAUUUAUUGGCUAUUCCUACUUCUAUUUUCAAAAACGCUUUAGUGACUAGUGACUUUAAAAAGAUUAAUUCAAAAUCAAUAAAUAAAGGAGAUUUAUGUUAACACAUAUCUAAAUUUAAACAUAACGUAAUACUGUGUGUUUUUAGUAUUGUUCAAUCAUUUUAAAUCUAAGAAUGCGUUCACACGUAUGCAAUAAUUGUAUUUAGACACUGUCACCUUGUUAACUAUUUGUAUAGAGUUUUAUAUUCGUGGUUUCCUAUACGUCACAUGGGUGAUUUUUAUUUUUAACCUUCGUGAUGUUAUAUCUGAAAUAUAUUCUCUGUGUUUCUUA